AUGGCUUCCAGUUUGACUAUUCAUGACUUCGCCACCCUGUGCGUGUACAGUCUCAAAAGGCUUUACGAGCUGAACUGGUGGGGCGCCCUUGAAUACGUGGCUUGGGAGGCCCAUAGUCUCGACAUGAACCUCGAACCCCAACCGCAAAAACGGGCAGAGUUAGUGUCCGCACUGAGUCGUCUGGCCGUCCUUCUACACGAGUCCAAAUUCAAGUAUGCGUGGCAAAGAGAUCCGGAAAGAGUUGAGGACGACUGUCAUCGCUGCCUCAGCAUCUACACGGGAAUUCUGGUUCAGGAGGCUGAUAGAAGCUUCGACGCUGACGACUAUCGGGACUACGAGAUGAAGCUGAUACAUUGGGUCCAUGAACGCCGCGGUACCUGGGACACGGAGAAGAGAACACCACGUACCGAAUUAAUGGGCGUCCAAGAUCGUCUUAUCAAGUGUAACCUGAAGCGUCGGCAUCGGUUCAUCCACGCUCUGGUUCAUGCGAAGACAGACCAGAAGGAGCUUCAUCGGUCAUUAUCUGUCGAUAAGUCCCAUCCCCAGAUAAUCAAUUAUAUGCGGGCCCUAGGACGGGAUAAACCGUCACGGCAGAAACAGUAUAUGCACUGCACCGCGAAGCCAGAUGAUGAUGAAUCAGUACGGCCGCAAGAUUACCUGCCUCAGUGCUUCAAGUGCAGCCUUGAUGUGUCUUCACAGGCAUCCAAUUCCAUGGUGAAGAUGCAGCGUCUCAUAGAUUGCGCUUCUGGCAAGACUUGCAUUGUACCGAGCUGUAGGAAUUCCGAGGCCCUGUUCUUCACUAAAGAGGAUGACUGGCGUGGGCAUAUGAUGCGUGAACACCCGGCAUAUUUCGAGCCUCUUCACUCGGAAGGCUCUCACCGGCACGAAUCAACCCCUGCCGAUAGCGAAGAGCGCUUGGGUUCCUGUCCUCUAUGUGGCUGGCCAGAAGAGGGGAACGUUGAUCUAAACAUGCUCCUUCAACAUAUUGCUGUAGAACUUGAUUUUUUCGCGAUUGGGGCGCUACCUUGCACGUUUCUCGACUGGACUCCGGAUGCGCUGUUGGAAAAAGGCGAUGAGGAGACGAAGCCGCCCCCGGACAAGUGGAGCUUGAAAAACCUGCGGCUUGGCCGGCCAGUCGCCAAGCCGAGUGCAGAAAGUGAUCAGCUGUUGGCUGGGCUUGAGCUGAACUGGGCCUGA